AUGCCAUGUACUUAUUUUUCAUUCAAAGCUCAAAAAAAGGGAGUUAGUUUUAUUAACUACUGUAGCUACAAGUUGAGCGACAAAAGAUACGAGAUACCUUUUACAGAUGAAAAAGGAAAAAAAGAUAUAAACAUUUACAUUGAUCCGUACAAAGAACAUAAAAAUAGAAGCUUAAAUAAUAAAAAAUGUGAUUUAUGUAGUCAAAAGCUAUUCAAAAAAAGCUCUAUUCAAAUUAUUUGUGGAGAUAUAUUCCAUUUCAAUUGCUUCAGAAGAUACAUAAUCAAUCAAUAUAUUUAUGAAAAAUCUCCUAUUAUCUGUUGCCCAAACCAUCUAGAAAUAAAAAUUUUCAACAAGAUUUAUGAUGAGAUUCGCUCUACACAUGAAUACUUAUAUCCCGGAGAUCUAGAAUUCGCAAUUUCAAAAGAAAAAAUCCAAAAUUCUGAAAUUUAUCGUAAAUAUGAAAGAGAAAAUAAUCUAAAUCAAUUAGAGACAGACAAAGUUAAUCUUAAUUUUGAAAAAUAUAAGGAAGUUCAAGAAGCAAUAAUUAAGAAUUUUAAAUUCCAUUCACAAUAUUUAUAUAAAGAAAUUACAGAAAAACUUAAUCUAUUCAAAUAUAUUGUAACAAGAAUCUAUUCAAAGGAUGACUUUGAUACUAAAGCUUUCAUAGAUUUAGUCAUUAAAAAUAUUAGGGAUACUUCUAAACUUCAUGCCAUAAAAAUUUUUUUUAGUCCAAUAAAGUAUCGACAAUAUCAUUAA